AUGGCGGAAGUGUUUUAUUGGAUACUAUCUUUUGUUCUAAUUUUGACCCUUUUUUGUCUCCUCGGUUACCAGCUUAUAUUGUUGGUGGACUUGGAGUUUGAUUAUAUAAAUCCGUAUGAUUCAACAUUUAGGAUAAACCAGGUUAUCUUGCCAGAGUUUUUCAUCCAAGCAAUCUUUUGUUUUCUCAAUCUUUUUGGAGGACAUUGGUUUAUAUUCUUGAUAUCUCUCCCUUGUCUCUAUUACAACGCCUCCUUGUACGUCAAAACACAACACUAUGCAGAUGUUACUGAAAUCUACAAUAAGCUAAAUUUCGAGAAAAAGAAACCUUGGUAUGGUCCCUCGCGGACGAAGAGCAUUAACCUGUCUGCAUACCCUCGAAGCCUAUUGUUAGGAGAUUCGAUAUUUUUGCAGGCGAAUCCAUCUUAUAAACCGAUCGAAUUCAUGGACAAUUACCGUGGUGCGAGUGCGAAUCAUCUGUGGUGA